GGGGCGGCGGCGCAGAGCCGGGCCCGGCGCACGAGGCAGCCAGCGCGGCCAUGACGGCGGAGAAGGCGCUGCCUCUGGGCAAUGGGAAGGCUGCGGAGGAGGCGCUGCUGUCCGAGGCGCCGGGUGGCGGCGCCGGCGGCAGCGGGGGUGCGGCGCCCGCGCGCGACCCGCGCGACAAGCGCGACAAGGCUGUCCACGAGCGCGGCCACUGGAACAACAAGGUGGAGUUCGUGCUGAGCAUGGCCGGGGAGAUCGUCGGGCUGGGCAACGUGUGGCGCUUCCCGUACCUGUGCUAUAAGAACGGAGGAGGGGCAUUCCUGAUUCCCUAUGUGGUGUUUUUUGUUUGCUGUGGAAUUCCUGUUUUUUUCCUGGAAACGGCUCUGGGACAAUUCACUAGUGAAGGUGGCAUUACAUGUUGGAGAAAAGUUUGCCCUUUAUUUGAAGGCAUUGGCUACGCGACACAGGUGAUCGAGGCCUAUCUGAAUGUGUACUAUAUCAUCAUCCUGGCAUGGGCCAUUUUCUACCUGAGCAACUGCUUCACCACCGAGCUGCCCUGGGCCACCUGUGGGCAUCAGUGGAACACAGAGAACUGUAUGGAGUUCCAGAAACUGAACGUGACAAACCACAGCCACGUGUCCCUGCAGAACGCCACCUCUCCCGUCAUGGAGUUCUGGGAGCGCCGGGUCCUGGCCAUCUCGGAUGGGAUCGAGCACAUCGGGAACCUCCGCUGGGAGCUGGCCUUGUGUCUCCUGGCUGCCUGGACCAUCUGCUACUUCUGUAUCUGGAAGGGGACCAAGUCCACGGGGAAGGUUGUAUACGUCACUGCAACGUUCCCCUAUGUCAUGCUUCUGAUCCUCCUGAUCCGAGGGGUCACGUUGCCUGGGGCCUCUGAAGGCGUCAAGUUCUACCUGUAUCCCGACCUCUCCCGGCUCUCUGACCCGCAGGUCUGGGUAGAUGCUGGAACACAGAUCUUUUUCUCCUAUGCCAUCUGCCUGGGUUGUCUGACUGCUCUGGGAAGUUAUAACAAUUAUAACAACAACUGCUACAGGGACUGCGUCAUGCUCUGCUGCCUGAACAGCGGCACCAGCUUCGUGGCCGGCUUUGCCAUCUUCUCGGUCCUGGGCUUCAUGGCCUACGAGCAGGGGGUGCCCAUUGCCGAGGUGGCAGAGUCAGGCCCCGGCCUGGCCUUCAUCGCUUACCCUAAGGCCGUCACCAUGAUGCCUCUCUCCCCGCUGUGGGCCGCCUUGUUCUUCAUGAUGCUCAUCUUCCUGGGCCUGGACAGCCAGUUUGUGUGUGUGGAAAGCCUGGUGACUGCGGUGGUGGACAUGUACCCCAAGGUCUUCCGGAGGGGCUACCGGCGGGAGCUGCUCAUCCUGGCCCUGUCGAUCGUCUCCUACUUUCUGGGCCUCGUGAUGUUGACGGAGGGCGGCAUGUACAUCUUCCAGCUCUUUGACUCCUAUGCCGCCAGUGGGAUGUGCCUUCUCUUUGUGGCCAUCUUUGAGUGCGUCUGCAUCGGCUGGGUGUACGGAAGCAACCGCUUCUAUGACAACAUCGAAGACAUGAUUGGCUACCGGCCGUUGUCGCUCAUUAAAUGGUGCUGGAAGGUCGUAACCCCCGGGAUCUGUGCGGGCAUCUUCAUCUUCUUCCUGGUCAAGUACAAGCCACUCAAGUACAACAACGUCUACACCUACCCUGCCUGGGGCUACGGCAUCGGCUGGUUCAUGGCGCUGUCCUCCAUGCUCUGCAUCCCGCUCUGGGUCUUCAUCAAGGCGUGGAAGACAGAAGGGACACUGCCCGAGAAGCUCCGGAAGUUGACAAUCCCCAGCGCUGACCUGAAAAUGCGGGGCAAGCUUGGAGCAGGCCCCCGGACGGUGACAGUUAAUGACUGUGAAGCCAAACUCAAGGGCGAUGGGACCAUUGCAGCCAUCACAGAGAAGGAGACGUACUUCUGAGCACGCACCUGCGCCGGAUGCCUCUCCCUCGCGCCCCGUGUGUAUACAUGACUGCCUGAACGCGUGCUUCACCUAAUGAUAGAGGCUUGCUCGUUUUGCACAGGAUUUAUUAACAAGUUAAUUUUAAGGUGGCCGUGCACACUCUGGUUUAAAGUCACACGCCCUCCUCGCCCCCAGUUAUCAUGUAAGUAACAUUACAAAGAGCUACUACUGCACAGGCACUAGCAGAACCUUCUUGCGCUAGGACGGUUUUAACCAGUGUCUUCUAGGGGUUAGGAAGAAAUGUGUCAUACGGUCAAACUUUUGUACUCGGGCUGCGGGGCGGGUGGGGUGGGAGCGAGGCCUGCCCUCCUGCGUCAGCCUUUUAACUGACCAUCCGUGUCCCCGGUUUGUCCCUGACCACUGCAGCCGCCCCUCCUCCACGCCCUCCCCUCGCCCUCCCCAGCCUCUCAGUGGUGGGUUUGCAGACAGCAAGACUGUGUCAGAGAAGUCCUGCCAGACUCCAGACUCCUGCCCUGAUCCACUAAGUGACCUUGGGCACUCCCUUCCCCUAUCUGGUCCUCAGUUUCCCCCUCUCCCCAAUGGGGAGGGUGGGAUCAGGUGAUCUCUGAGGUCCCUCCCGCCCUGGCCCAUCUCCUGGGGGUUCUCUUGGUGGCCUCGCUGGCUUGAAGACUCUGGGAUUCCUCCGAAGACUUGGAGGCAGCGUCCCUGCUCCCACCCCACACCUGCUCUUUUUCAAUCAAGUUAUCAUGGAAAUGGUGGCGGUGAUGUGUGUUUUCCCCAAAACUGUAGUUUGAUUUCAUCCGUGAGCGGCUCGUUUCUGGAGCCCAGCCAGGUCCUGGCCCCCUCACCGGGGCUCCGGUCCUGUGUGCUCCCACCUCAGCUCUGCGCUCCGUCCUCGGCGUGGCUGGCUGGAGUCACCGGGUGCUGCUUUCCAGGGUCAAGAAGCAGCCUCUGUUCUGCUUGCGGCUGUGUGUCCUGCCGCUGCCCCACGGGGUCUGCACUGUAGGACCCGCCGCCAGCUCCCAGGGGAAGGAGCCCAUGGGGCCUGGUUUCCUCCAGCCCCUUUUCAUCCCCCACCAGGUCUUCUCGCUCUUGCUGUCCCUGCCUCCCCCUCUCUGCUGCCAUCCUGUCGCCUCUUAAUUCCCUCCCCAUCCUCCUGUCACCAGCAGAACCUUCGGAGGCUUCUUCCUCCCCUUUUUUCAGGAACCGUCCCACCUGCCUCUCCCUCCAGGGGGCUGAGAAGCUCAGUGCUCCCUGGAGGGGACCUGGGUCCCCUGGGUGCUGGCCUGAGGUCUGGGGCGAGGCUGGCGCCGCUCCCGCCUCUGGCUAAUCUCUUCUUUAAUUAGACCCCACACUGAGCCUCUGCCUUGGAUUCUGAGCCAUCUGGGGACAGGGAAGUUGCAUUCUUUAUCCUUUUCCUUUAUGUUCCCAAUUUUAUUCAGUGGAAAUGCGAGCUUUCUCCAAACUGAAGAUUUAGUUUCUUGUAAUGAAUGUGCAUGUUUGAUUCACCCAAAACUUUCCAAAUCCCCAGCUUCUGUGCUCUGGCCAGCCCCCUCCGAAGCCCGGGGAGAGAUGCCCAGUGCCCCCCCCCCAGGUCGAGGUGCCUGGUUCUGGCCCCCUUGUACACACCCAGCCCAGGCCUGCCCGGCCUCACCCUAAGCUGUCGCAUCUGGUGGACCCAGGAAGACUGCCCGCUCCUGCCCGUCCUGUCUGCUCUCCUCCCACCAGGUUCGGGGAGGGGCUGCCCCACUGCUGCUGCUACCGGUCCCUCCACCGACAGCUCUCACAGACGCACAGCCCCGCGGUCUCGCUGGGGCCACCUGCGUGCUGCGGGCGCCACUGAAUAUUCCACUCACUUAACACAAACCGUGGGGCUGGGCACAGGGAGGGAUUUCUGGGUUUUUUGUAAUUUCCUACUACUAUUGGGGUAACUUUUGGGGGUGGGGAGGGAAAUGUGGGGGCGGGGGAAACAUCAUUGUGGUGACUUUUUUGAUAUUCAUUAGAAACAAUACAUCCUUUCUGAGAUAUUUACAAUAUUAUUAAAAAACGAAAAAGGUUGUACUGUUUUGCAUAAUGAACGUUUUUAUUGGGUAUUCGAAGGACACCCGAUUGUCUGCUUACUCAUUUUUAAGAAUUAAAGGAAU